UCGUUCCAGCAACAGUCUGAAUGAUUAUACGCAUGUGUUUGGACGUAUCACGUGUAUAGAAAUAUUACGUAUUCGAUUACGAAAACAAUGUAAAUAUAAAGUUAACUGUGAUAUUAAAACAGAGUAUUGAAAAGUAGUUUUAUUAAGUUUGUCAAAGUGAAAACGUUUGCUAUUCAAAUCGUGUAACUAACUGAAAUUUAUUAUUAAAGAAAGUGUUCAAAACUUGCCAAGAUGUCGAAAUAUCUACUAUAUUGCUGCUUAUUUACACUUUUAAGUUUAAACUUUACUGGUGCUCUGAAAGGACAUUGCAAUAGAGAAGAGGAUCUUCUUCAGAGAUGCGCAAUGACUUUACCCGUGCUAAGUUCACCGGAAAUAUCUUUCGCGCUAACGAGAGAAGAACUUGAUAAGAACUGUGUAGAACUACGAGCCGGAAUUAAAUGCAUAGAAAACUUCACUAACGUUUGCAUGGAGAAGCAAGAGCAAGUGGUAUUUCGGAGGAUCUACGCUGGUAUCAUUGACGUCGUCCACGACUUAUGUACUCGGGGGGCAUACCAAGACGAAUAUUUACGUCACGCGGAUUGCGUGAAGACAGUACGGCCUGAGUACGAGAUCUGCAGCAGGACUUAUGAAGUGACGCUCACCACGUUAAGCAAUAGCAAACAGACUGAAUACCAGACUGAUCAGAACAGCGUUGCGCUUACGCAUGAGGAGUAUUCAAGGACAGUAUGUUGCUCAUUCCAAGAGUACCUGCUUUGUUCCGAGCGGACAGUGCAGCAGUCGUGCGGUGAUGAAGCAGCCCUCUUCACUAGUGCAUUCCUCAAGCGGAUGGCAUCCAACAUUAUAAAGAAUUUUUGCUUCGAGUAUCGCGGGCAAGAAUGCGGGCUGUCUGGCCAUGGGAUGACCGCCACACACAGCGUCCUGCUUAUCAGUGCGGUAACCGCUUUACACGCAUUCAGCUCUCAGAGCUUAGUACCCACGUAAAUAAUAAGUAAUGAACGGACGUUGUGUGAGAAAUCUACAUUUCGAAUAUUAGUAUGUCACGGUCUGAUUUAGGGUUUUGCUAUGCUUUAUUACAUCUUGGUGGGGCUUGGUUUCGAUGAAGGGACGGAAAUAUACUUGGUUUGCAAUAAAAUAUGCGAAAUUUAUCUUUUGAGAGUAUAUUCAUAGAUUACAUCUGUGUAUUCUAAGGCCGCCCUACUUAGUUAGUAUCCUAAAUCAGGCCCUUCAAGUAGAAAGAAAGCGGGUGUAUGUCGCAGUUCCUUGGUUUUGAACCAGAACUAUUUAUUUUAACUAGACUAUUGAAACGAUAAUCUCUAUGUUUAUGUUAUCUUGUAAUGGUAAAUGUACUAUUCGUAUCGAGUACCGUUGUUAUAUAAAAUUGUGUUUACUCAAAGACGGAGCAAAGUAGGGAAUGUGAUUAGUAAAUUUUUUAGGCAAUUCUAAAAUGUUUUUUAGACAAUUCAAAAAUGUGUUUUCAUAUUAACAGGAAUAGUGAUAACAAAAUAUUAAAAAUUUACAAACUUAUAGCUGAUUGUUUAUAAUUCCGACCCCUUAGAGUAAAAAUAUAUUCGAAACUAAAAAAUAAAUCCAAUUCAUUUUAAAUCGUCAACGGGCUUGGAUUCGUAUUUUUAAAAGCUUUUAAAUUACUAUUUUGGACACAAUUCUUAUUUUGCUCCAACAUUCUGCACGGAUACAUUAAAAACGUGGUUAUAUUAAAAGUGAUUAAAUCAAGACUUUCGCAGAUGGCAGAUUUAUCGGACAAUUAUUUAUUGCAGAAUUAAAAACAUUAUUAAAUGGAAACUUAAAAUAAAGCAUAGAUUCGAUUUAUUACAACACAAAUUAUAAAAUAUUUGCGACAGACAUAGCCAUUAGCCGAUGAUAGAUGGAUAUCUAUAAAUAAGAUAUUUUUCUUCCUAGAAAUAUUUACAUUUUCUUAAGGAAAGCUUAGGAACUGAAUAUGGUAUAUUUACGUUAAAUUGCUCUAGUUCGGAUCCGGUACCGAAAAUAACAAGGAUUAAUGAUAUCCGUUACGAUUUUGGUUUGAUGACUUCGUGCGAUUUAUAGUCGGUCGUCUGCGAUAGAACUUUUGAGAAAUCACCUUUUGUGUUCGUCGUCAACCAUCAUACUAUAUGAAACUUAUUGUAAGUUUCGUUGUACUAUUGGCAAUACAGAUUAUUUUUCAUUUAAUAAUUUUUUUAAUAUUGCUCAAAUCUGUACUCGAUAAUAUGUUAUAAGGGACUGGAUUGUAUACAAUGGUUAAAGCUAUGAAUACAAUUUUAAUAUAUAUUUAAUGUGCUAUCAUUUUAUUGUUAAGAAAAUAUCGAUUACCAGAAAUUUUUAAUUUAUUUUAAUUUCUAUUGAAAUUUGUUAGGUAUGAUGUUAAUGUUUAUGUUAAAUAAUUUUCCAUCGUAUCAAAAGCUUAUUUUGCAGGCUUUGUGGUAUCAUUGUAAAUAUAUUUGUGACCUUUUGGAAACUGCACUUAGCUUAGUACAUACUGUGAUAGCGUGUUGAUGAUCAAAGUUAGGAAAUUCAUCUCGUCCUUCAUGUCUUCAUUCGAAUGUAUUUCAUCAACACCUGAAGUGUUAAUAAGGAAAAAUACAUACGUUAUGAACUUGCGUUUGCUAUGUGGUGGCAUUUGGAACAUAAAAUAUUAUGUAUUUUUUAAUAACCAGUUGUUGAUCAAAACUUUUUGUUACAUUUCGCUUAACACUCUCCUGUCUUCUUAUUUUUCAUAUGAAGCCGCUAUUUACGGUUUAAAAAUAUUAGACUUAUUUUAUUGUGCAAUUACAAAUACUUAUAUAACUUGAGUGCCAAGGCCAUAUUGCUGAACAAUUGUUUUUAUCAUACAUUAGGUACAAUUUGCUAUAUAUCGACAAUCAUUGUAAAUACUGCUCUGUUAACGCUUAUUUAUUUUGUUGCGAUCGUUUUAUUUGCGUCUGUUACUAGAAUUGACAUAUCAUUAAUGCUGGCUUUUUUGCAUUGACGUUUUUAUUUACCAUUCUAUAUAAAUACAGUUUAGUUUUAUACUUUUCGGUUUAGUUAUAUUUUAUUUUAUUUGCGCAGUCAUGUGGCAGCUUCUGGUGUGUUCAAGUCGGUAGACGACUAAAAACAAAGCUUUUUAGUUUAUUGAAAUAUAUUUUUUUGGAUUUUAUCGCGUUUUUUUAUAUAUUAUAAUAUUCUCUCGACGUUUCUAUUUCUGUUAAUUUUUGCUCGCAUAGCGUAGAUAUUUUUUAUAUUUGAACAGACCGCAAACUCUGUAAAUUGAUUGAUUCCUUCCUAACCGAAAUUCGGCUAUGGCGGCCAAUCUCUAAAAUCAGCCAAUUACGCAGGAGAUAGUGUAGUGCACAAGUGUGUGCACAGUACACAGGUGCACACUCUGUUCUUUCACUCUAAUAGUCCGGCGAGACGGUCCGACAUGACCGGAGAAACAAGACCAGAGAUACGAUCACUAAGCUGUAUUCUACGUGCAAUUUUUUUAGCUAUGUGAGUUAAGCUUUACGUAGUUAGUUUCAAUGGCUAAUUCUGAGUUUAUUAAUCAUUAAACUUGGAUAGUUCCAGACUUUAAAGCAAUAGAUUAUAUAGAAUAUAAGUCUGAAACAUAGUAUAUAAAAAUGCUGACAUUAGCUAUUGUGACAUCAAAACAGGCUUAUAUAGGUCCCUAUCAUCUCACAGGACUUAAACAUAAGCAGUUUUAUAAAUUGCUUGCGUGAAAUGAUCAUAGAAUUUUUUAUUUUCUAUUAGUCAAUGCACAAAGGCCAGCACGUCACAUAAUAUUAAAUGCAUAAAAUUGUAAAUAGUUAUGAUUAUAAAAAUAUUGUAAAUUUUAUUUAUAAAGUAGUUAAAAUUAUAGGCAAUUGUACCUAUAAUAUAUAAUUGUGAAAAAGACAUAGUCUUUUACAUAUUAAACAAUAAAUUAUUAUUAAAAUGUG